AUGUUGGCAGAUGCAAAGGUUGUUUGGAUUCUGUGCCUACUCAUUUUGACCUACCAUGGCAGCGGUUUAGUUAUUGGCGCAAUCUCUGUCAAGUAUAACAUCACGACCAUUGCUGGCUACAAUUCAUUAUCCAGUGGAAUAGAUGCCAAAAUGGCCAAUAUUGAUGUCAAUAGUUGUUUUAAAGAUCUCAGUUCGGGUGAUUUAUUUAUUUCUGAUAAUAGCAAUCAUAGAAUAGUGAGAGUAUUUGCAGCUAAUGGAACCGUUCUCACCAUUGCUGGUACUGGAGUUUCUGGGUACAAUGGCGAUAAUAUUCAAGCAACUACAGCUCAGCUCAAUACACCCACUGGUGUAUUUGUUUUUAAUUCUGAAAUUUAUAUUGCUGAUAGUCAAAAUUCUAGAGUUAGAAAGAUUCAAACUAAUGGCAAUAUUGUGACAAUAGCAGGAAACGGAAAUGCUGGAUAUAAUGGAGAUGGAAUGCUUGCUACAAAUGCCUAUCUCAACUCUCCUGUUGACGUAUUUGUUUCUUCAAAUGGAAACGUUUAUAUUUCAGAAUAUCAGAAUCAUUACAUUAGGAUGGUUAAUGUUUCAACGGGAGUUAUUACAACAGUAGCUGGAAAUGGCACACAAAUUGGAACAAGUGGAACUGGUUUGGGUUUUGGGUACAAUGGGGAUGGAAUACCUGCCACCUAUGCUCGUCUCACUAACCCUCAGGGAAUCUUUGUCACGAGCAACAAUGAAAUUUAUAUAGCUGAUGCAGGAAAUUUCAGAAUUCGAAAGGUUUUAACGAAUGGAACAAUUAUUACUGUCGCAGGUACUGGUGAGGAGGGAUAUAAUGGUGAUGGAAUGCUGGCUACUGCAGCUAAACUUGAUUAUCCUUAUGGUGUUUCUGUUGACAGUAACGGUGAGAUAUGGAUUGCAGAGUUGGGCAGUAAUAGAUUGAGAAAGGUAUUAACUAAUGGUACCAUUGUUACUAUUGCUGGAACAGGAACAUCCUCUUAUACUAAUUAUAAGGAUAAUGUUCAAGCAAAUUUGGUAAAUGUUAGCCCAAUUAGAGUUUUUUCAACUUCUCCUGGUGAAGUAUUCAUUUCAGAUAAUAUGAGAUUGAGAAGGAUUUCUACUAGUACUGGAAUUAUUACAACAGUUGCUGGAAUAGGAGGUUCUACAUUUAGUGGAGAUGGUUCUCAAGCAACUAAGGCAACAUUCAAAUUUAUGACCAACCAACUUGCCAAUGUUGUUAAAACUAGCAAUGGACAAUACUUGAUUGCCGAUACUGGUAAUCACAGAAUUCGCAAGGUGUUUGCUAAUGGAACUAUAAUUACGAUAGCUGGUACCGGAGUUGCUGGAUACAAUAGCGAUUAUAUGGAUGCUUCCACAGCUCAACUGAACUAUCCUAGUUCUGUAUUUGAAUUCAAGAAUGAAGUAUACAUAUCAGACAGUGUUAAUAGAAGAAUUAGAAAAAUAUUCACUAAUGGUACCAUUGUUACUAUUGCAGGUACUGGAUCACAGCCACCUUCCAGUGGAUAUUUAGGUGAUGAUGGUGUCAAUGCUCUCAGUGCAAGACUUUACUUCCCAACUGGUAUUUUUGUCACUUCUGCUAAUGAGGUUUUCAUUGUGGAUAAUUUUCUGAUAAGGAAGAUCAAUUCCAAUGGAAUAAUAACAAAUGUUGCUGGAACUAUCAGUUCAGAAUCAACAUUUAUUCCUGGAUCAUCGCAAGCUAAUUCUGUCACAAUUAGUGUAGAUGGAGGAAUAUAUGUUUCACCGACUGGAUUUUACUUUUUGGCAUACUAUAACUCGAAAUUGAGCGUCAUGUAUGUGGAUUCAAGCACCAAUAUUCUGAAUGUUUACUCUGGGUUGGGUGCAAGUCUGAAUGAUAAUGGUAAUAUUUUAUAUGCAGGUCUCUCACCUAUUUCUGUAUUUGGAUCAAGUAUUUCGAAUUUUAUUGUCAUUUCUGACAGAGGACAAAACAGAAUGCGAUUAGCAGCAAAUGGAAUUAUAUCUACAAUGGCAGGAAAUGGUGGAUCAAACCUGGUUGGAUUCAAUGAUGAUGGUCCCGAUGCCACUAAAGCCACUCUAAGCCCUAGUGGAGCAUUCAUUACCUCUACUUCUGAAAUUGUUUUUGUUGAUAAUCAGAAAAAUACUGUAAGACAAUUGACCCCAUAUUGUGACUCUCCCUACAUUUUGAACCAAUAUUAUAAUGCAUGCAUCCCAACAUGUUUUGGUUUUAGCUCAGAGCAGCCAAAUGCUUGUUCAAGAAAUGGUACAUGCAUUGCACCAGACACUUGUCAGUGCAACUCAGGAUUCUAUGGAUCUCAGUGUAAUUUAUUGAGUUGUUUUGGUAAAUUAUCAAACGAUACAAGUAAUGUUUGUAGCGGCCAUGGAGCAUGUAUUUCUAGUGACACUUGCAGAUGUGACAGCCUUUACCUUGGAGCUGACUGUAAAAUUACAACUUGUAACGGUACAUUAAGUAAUUCUACAUUGGUAUGCUCAUCUUUAAGGGGAGUAUGCAACGCACAUGAUACUUGUAUUUGUGGUAGUAAUUUCUAUGGAAAAUAUUGUGAAGUAACCAUGUGUUAUGGAAAGUUUUCGAAUGACACUUCAGUUUGUUCCUCCAAUGGUACAUGUAUCGAUUACAAUUCGUGUUCAUGCAAUAAUGGAUUUUAUGGAGUCAAUUGUGAUACCAGAAAAUGUUUUGGAAAGUUAUCCACUGAUGCUUCUGUUUGUGGGGGCCAUGGUACCUGUGUAGCAGCAGACACUUGUCAGUGUGAACCAUUCUAUCAAGGAACUGAAUGUAAGGUAUCUCUUUGUAAUGGUACUCAAAGCACUGAUUCUUCUGUUUGUUCUUCGAGAGGAAGUUGUUCAUCUCAUGAUACUUGUAGUUGUGGUAGUAAUUUCUAUGGAAAAUAUUGUGAAGUAACCAUGUGUUAUGGAAUUUAUUCCAAUAACACCAACUCUUGUUCCUCAAAUGGAAAAUGCACUGAUUAUAACUAUUGCAACUGUAAUGCUGGAUGGACAGGUUCUAGUUGCAAUGUUAACAUUGCAACAAGAGUUGGUUCUUCAACAAUAGUAGGCAAUAAUCAACUAGGUUUAAUAAUUGGUUUAGCAGUCGGACUUUCUCUUUUAGUUAUUGUUAUAUUGAUUAUUGUGGUCAUAAUUGUUUUCAUUAUAGUUUUUAGAGGAAUGAAAAAGCAGAAACCAGUCCCAAACACUGUCAAUGAUUUCCCUAAUCAGGGAGAGAGCAUGAUUGAACUCAAUGAUUCACAGUAUAACAAAAUGAAUUCUAGCAUUGCGCCAUCAUCAUAUAGUUCAGACUUUCCAUCGGACGAAAGUGUUCGUUUCAAAUCCAUAAUUGGAGGUUCAACAAACUCUAAUGGACUUACUGUCACUUCUAUAAUAUCAUCUGCAUCUAAUUUCGAUCCUGCCUCAAGAUAUAAGAAUUUGGAGAAGAUUGGACAAGGCGGAUUUGGGUCAGUUUUUAAAUGCAACGAUACCAAGAUGGGCGAUAAACUGAAGGCGCUAAAAGUUGUCAAAUAUUCUGAUAUUGAGGAAUUGAACUCGAUUAUGAAAGAAGGAACUCAAUUGAUGAAUAUCAAUCACCCAAACAUUUUAAAAGUGAAUGAUUUAUUUAUUGACAAGGAUCAAAUAUUACUUAUUGACAUGGACUAUUAUGAAAAUGGAGACUUGACAAAACUCAUUCCUAAAGCAGCAGGUACUAUUAGUGAGGAUAUUGUGAAACAAAUACUUUAUCAAGGCUGUGAUGCCUUGAGCUUUGUUCACACCAACCUUAAAAUGAUUCACAGAGAUGUAAAACCUAACAAUAUCUUUAUUAAUGAAUUAUCAGAUAAUUCUGUAUCGAUAGUAUUGGCAGAUUUUGGUCUUGCGAAACAAAUGUUUGGUUCUGUCAAUAAUUCUUAUGCUGGAACUCCUCUUUACAUGUCUCCAGAAUUAGGUCUUGGAGCAAAGUAUAGCUUUAACACUGAUGUGUAUUCUCUAGGAGUUGCAAUUUAUCAAUUAUGCACAGGUGACCUAGUUACAUCCAUUAGUAAUUUAUACAUGCAAUCAGAGUCUACCAAUGAUGUAAAGCAAUGGCUUAAAAACAAGCUCUCUGAAUGUGGCAAGUAUUCAGACACACUACAGGAAAUCAUCAUUUUAAUGUUGGAGAAAAACCCAUCCAAAAGACCACAAGCUAAAGAAAUUAUGGAACAUUCCUAUUUUGAAACAAAAUAA